GUGGGUCUGCGGAGGCUGGUAGAGCUGGGCGUGCGCAGCGGGCCUGGGUGUCUUCCGUGCUCUAGGGGUCUGUUUUUAUCUGAGAGGAAAUAUGGUUAAUCCAGAUGCCGCUGCAGCUGCCCCGGGGGCUCCAGGGGCCUCAGCUCCCCCAGUUAAGCCACUGGGCCGUCCACAGACUCCUGAAGAACUGGCGUUUUAUGCUCCGGAUCAUUUUUUUUUGACUGUCAUGGCAGUAAUUUUAUGCCCUCCCCUGGGACUGGCAGCUCUCCACUUCCGCAGCCAGAUCAAAGAGGACAACAAGAACAGCUACUGGGAGGGUGCUUACCUGAACUCCAGCAGAACCGUCUGGCUGGAUGUAUUUGCCAUACUCAUUGGGUUAGGCGUCAUCUAUGGACUCGUCCUGUAUACCUAAAGACCAGGACCAAUACCCCAAGGGUCUACUACCCAGCAGACCCACCGACCCAAGGCAUUGACCAGCCACCAAACAAGAACCUCAACCACUGAGAUAAGACCUAGCCAAGAAACCCACCAACCAGAGAACUCAACAUCUAAGCUAUUCACCCUCCCCAGAACCCAGAGGCCACCGCCCCUAAGACUUCAGCUCACUGGGCUGCUCUUUGAGAAAAAUAUUUAUUCAACCCAAUAAAAUUGGAGGGAAAGUU